GUAGCAGAAAUUAAGGUUCAGUGUUUUAAGUGAGUAUUUCAUUCAUUGGCGUAUCGUUGUGAAACGUAAAAAUAUUACUGUUGAAAAACGAUAUUGUUUAUAACUGUUUAAUGUUAUUUCCUAUAAUAUAUUUGAAUAGUUCUAUGGAUUUCUCUGUGAUCUUUUAUCAAAUAGGCAAAAUCCAGAGGAGGAGACGUACAGCCAUCUGCUCGGGUUUUCAUUGGUCGACCGCGACUGAUUUUUGGGCGGGCCAUGUCGGUGGUCCAAAUCCCAUUUAGAUGUAUCCAUCUACUGGGUAUUCAUCAGAGAUGAAUAUAUUGCUAAGAGUGUUCUUUAAUAACCUUACGAUCUUAGUCGAUAGUAACGAUAAUUUCGAGCCAACGUGUAGUCAUUAUGUCGUGUAGGUUAAUCGAAGACAUUGGAAUGGAAAUGACUGAUCUUGAUUGUUUGUAUGCUGAAUGUGCACCAAGUUAUACAAAUUUUGAAUACCACCAGUACAACCAUAACUUGCACCAAACAGCCGGUAUAAAACACGAAGACGAUGUGGUGCUCACUGAUCCAUAUUGUUACGAAGGCUAUGAAGCUUAUUGUGGAGGAUAUUAUGGAGAUGGUUCUUACGAUACUACUUCGUCAUAUAACAGUUGGCCACAAGGUUCAAAUGUAUUAUCACCAACUAUUGCUGAUAUGACAACGCAGCCGUAUAGCUGUGGCUGGGCACCGAUUUCCAUUGAUUCGUCGACAAUAGAUGAACCUGAUUCUCGACCCCCACGCCCGUUUUCCCAUCAAAUACCAUCCAAUGAACCAUUUUCGGCGCCAUUUCAAACUGAUUUGGAUGAUCAGAUAUUUAAAACGUCGCGAGAAGAAAGAUUUAGAGAAAAUAUGAACAGUACAAAAAAAACAGCUCCGCCUAAAACAUCGACCAAAAAAAGAGCUAAACGAAAACCAAGGAUAUUAUUUUCACAGGAAGUAAUAUCAGAAUUAGAACUUCGCUUUAAGCAGCAACGCUAUUUGUCAGCGGCUGAGAGAGAAGUUAUGGCAUCAAGAAUUAGACUGACUCCUACUCAAGUAAAAAUAUGGUUUCAAAAUCGGCGAUAUAAAAGUAAAAAAUUAGUAACGGAUAGCACAUUGCCAGAAAAUAAUAAAAAACCUCCUAGAAGACAAUUUCCUGCAGUAAAAAAUUGUUACUCUGAAUUCCCAGAUGAAUUUAUUAAUAAUCAUUAUAUUAGUCAUGACAAUAAAUAUCUUAAUCACAUUGUUUAGGGUAUAUUUAUUAUUUUUUAUUAAACUGUAUAUUAUAUUAACCAUUAUUUUUGUGUAUGCAAGAGAUAAAAAUUGGUUCUUAUUCAUAUUUUAGGAUAAAUUCUGUUAAAUUAUAUGUAAUAGACUUUAUAAACAAACUUUGCUUAUAGCUUAUAAUUUUAAUUUAAUAUGAGAUAAACUAAACUUUUUGUGUCAUGAAAAAUAUUUUUUGCUUCAGACUAUUUAAUUUUCGGGCAAAUAUUAUUAAACAUAUUAAAUAAUAAAUCUUAAUUUUAACAGAACUUAUCCUCACAAGUAGCUAUCACAAAAAGAUGAAUGGAAUUCCAGAAUAAGAUAUACACCAUUCAAUGCUGUUAAUUAUUUGUUAAGUAUUAUGAAUCAAUGUUCGAGAAGAUAUAAUAGAUUUAAGUUUAUGCGUUAAUGACUUAAAUGUUAACAUGGUUCUUAAAAAUCGAAUAUAUAAAUUUCAAACAGAGAUAUCGCCAAUUUAUAUGUAAUGUUAUUUGAAUUUAAUUUAUAAUUAACAAUAAUAAUUGAG